CAAUACCAGCAGCCCAAAAAGAACAUUAUCCUCUUUAACAUUAUCUCUUCAACACAAAACCCACUCGCAGGAGCUCGAGCUUUCUCCAAUGGCGUCUAUUCUCUCUCUACCCUCAUCCUCCUCAUUUCUCACCCAACAUUCUUCCAAUUUCAAGGGUAAUGUGAGAAAUCUCAAAUCCAGCAUUUGUCAAUUCCCUACAAUCCCGAAUUACAAGAACAAAAAUGGAGUUCAACCGCGGAAACUGUUGGUUGUUGCUGCUCAGAUUCAGUCAGCUGUAGUGAGUUCCAAUGUUCGGUUUCGCCUUGACAAUUUGGGCCCUCAACCGGGCUCCAGAAAAAAUGCCAAGAGAAAGGGUAGGGGGCACGCUGCGGGUCAAGGUGGGAGUUGUGGGUUUGGGAUGAGGGGGCAGAAGUCGAGGUCUGGGCCUGGUGUUCGUAAGGGGUUUGAGGGUGGUCAGAUGCCGCUUUACCGGCGGCUUCCUAAGUUGAGGGGUAUUGCUGGAGGUAUGCAUGCUGGGCUAUCGAAAUAUGUUCCGGUGAAUUUGAAAGACAUAGAAGCUGCUGGAUUUCAAGAGGGUGAAGAGGUUUCACUCGAGUCGCUAAAAGAGAAGGGGUUGAUCAAUCCGUCAGGAAGAGAAAGGAGACUUCCUCUCAAGAUUCUCGGUGACGGUGAAGUGAGUGUAAAGUUGAAUUUCAAGGCCCGCGCCUUUUCUGCACAAGCUAAGGAGAAGCUUGAAGCUGCAGGUUGUUCAUUGACCGUGUUGCCAGGCCGAAAGAAAUGGGUCAAACCAUCAGUCGCCAAGAAUCUGGCCCGUGCUGAUGAAUAUUUUGCCAAGAAACGAGCGGCUGCAGCUGCUAAUGAGUCACCUGAACCUUCUUCUACUGCUUAGAAAGCCACACAAGUGAAUCAAUUCUGUAUUGUUUUUGUAAACUUGAAAAUAGAUGUAAAGCAACACUAAGUUGUAUUAUGUUUGUCUGGAAUCUAUUCAUUUUUUGUUAAUGUUGUUCAUAA